AUGUAUACUGACACAGAUUCAUUGAUAUACUUUAUUAAAACUGACGACUUUUAUAAAGACUUACUUAACAACCCUAACUUGUUGAAUAGAGUAGACACAUCUGACUUGUCUCCUAUUCAUCCUUGCUACACUACAGUGAGGAGGAAGGUACCUGGAUACUUCUCCGAUGAAGUUAAUGGGCAUAUUAUUACGGAGUUCUGUGGGUUGAGGGCUAAAUCAUAUGCUUUUAAAAUGUAUGCUGGAGAAGAGGACGAGAAGAAAGAUAAAAAAGAUAGAGUGGGAGGAGAGAAAAUAAAAGCAAAAGGAAUACGGUCUCAUGUGGUUAAAAACCAUAUGACGUUUGAAGAUCACAAGAAGUGUUUGUUUGGAGAAGCUGGAGUGGAGGCAUAUCAAGAGAAUGUAUCAAUCAGAUCGUUCAAACACCAAAUUAUGACUAUAAAAACUAAAAAGUUAACGUACAAUAAUUACGAUGAUAAGCGAGUGGUAUUGCUCGAUAAAAUCCAUACCUUAGCUCAUGGACAUUACAGUAUAGAGUAAGUUAUUAAGACUAACUACUUUUCAAAUUAUUUUAAUUUUUUUUUU